AACCCUUUUCUCUCUUUCUUUUCUAUAAUGAUCUGGCAGAAGAAAAUGUAGCAUCAUUUCUUUUAUCCUGAAAUGAGUUAUUGCUUUUAUAUUUGCUUUAUCUUUAGACUAUCUCACUGUUUUAUCUGGGAUGAGAUCAGGAGCCAGCAGGCUUCUGGUUCUAAUUAACAAUUAAAUUCCACAAAAUACUGAGUAUCUACCUGGUACUGGGCACUGCCUUAAAUACUAGGGCUUCAAAGAGGACUAAGAGAGGCUCCACGUUGGAGAAGCUCCCUGUGUGUAAGGAAGCCAAGAGGGAAACUGCUGAACGCCAUUUGAUGUGACAGCUCUCUCCCCAGCCUUCGUGUGUUACCUUGGGGGCGAUGCAGACCUGGGCACUGUGGACGUUUCCUUUGCUCUGCAAAUUCAGCCUGGCAGCUCUGCCAGCUAAGCCGGAGAACAUUUCAUGCGUCUACUACUAUAGGAAAAAUUUAACUUGCACUUGGAGUCCAGGGAAAGAAACCAGUUAUACCCAGUACAGAGUUAAGAGAACAUACUCUUAUGGAAAUAAAAGUGAAAAUUGUACAACCAAUAGUUCUACAAGUGAAAAUCGUGCUUCCUGCUCUUUUUUUCCUCCAACUGUAACAAACGUAGAUAAUUGCACCAUUGAAGUGGAAGCUCAAAAUGCAGAUGGUGUAAUUAAAUCUGAUAUGACAUAUUGGAACUUAGAUGCCAUAGCAAAAACAGAACCACCUGGAAUUCUCAGUGUGAAACCAGUUUUGGGUAUCAAACGAAUGGUUCAAAUAAAAUGGAAAAGGCCUGAGUUGGCACCUGCUUCAUCUAAUUUAAAAUACACACUUCGAUACAGGACAGUCAAUAGUACCCGAUGGAUGGAAGUCAACUUCACUGAUGACUGUUCCAAUACAGACCAAACCUACAACCUCACAGGGCUGCAGGCUUUUACGGAAUAUGUCAUAGCUCUGCGGUGUGUGGCCGAAGAGUCAAGCUUCUGGAGCGCCUGGAGCCAGGAAGAAAUGGGAACGAGUGAGGAGGAAGCUCCAUAUGGCCUGGAUGUGUGGAGAAUCUUGAGACCAGCUGAGGCCGAUGGAAGGAGGCCAGUGUGGUUGCUGUGGAAGAAUGCAAGAGGAGCCCCAGUCCUGGAGAACACGCUUGGCUACAACAUACGGUACUUUCCAGAAAACAACACUAACCUCACAGAGGCAGUGAACACCACUAACCGGCAGCUUGAACUGCAUCUGGGAGGCGAGACCUAUUUGGUGUCUGUGAUUUCAUAUAAUUCUCUUGGCGAGUCUCCAGUAGCGACUCUGAGAAUUCCGGCUCUUCAUGAAAAGUCAUUUCGGUGCAUUGAGGUCGUGCAGGCCCGCCUUGCUGAGGACCAGCUGGUGGUGGAGUGGCAAAGCUCUGAUCCGAAGGUGGACACAUGGAUGGUUGAGUGGUUCCCAGAUUUGGACUCAGAGCCCUCUGCUUAUUCCUGGGAAUCUGUGUCUCAGGCCAGGAACUGGACAAUCCAGCAAGAUAAAUUGAAACCCUUCUGGUGCUAUAACAUCUCUGUGUAUCCAGUGUUGCCAGACCAAGUGGGGGAGCCAUAUUCCAUUCAGGCUUAUGCCAAAGAAGGCUUUCCAAAAGAAGGUCCUGUGACCAAGGUGGAGGACAUUGGAGUGCAGACUGUCACAAUCACAUGGAAAGAGAUUCCCAAGAAUCAGAGAAAUGGUAUCAUCAGUAACUAUACCAUAUUUUGCCAAGCUGAAGAUGGAAAAGAAUUCUCCAAGACAGUCAACUCCAGCAUGCUGCAAUAUAGCCUGGAGUCCCUGACACGAAAGACCUCUUACACUGUUCAGGUCAUGGCCAGCACCAGUGCUGGGGGAGCCAAUGGGACAACGAUAAAGUUCAAGACAUUGUCAAUCAGUGUCUUUGAGAUGUUCCUUAUAACUUCUCUGACUGGAGGAGGGCUUCUUAUCCUCAUCAUCCUGACAGUGGCAUAUGGUCUCAAAAAACCCAACAAAUUGACUCACCUGUGUUGGCCCAAUGUCCCCAAUCCUGCUGAAAGCAGUAUAGCCACAUGGCGUGGAGAUGAUUUCAAGGAUAAACUAAAUCUGAAGGAAUUUGAUGACUCUGUGAACCUGGAAGAAGACAGGAUCCUAAAACCAUAUUCUACCCCUAGUGACCUUAUUGACAAGUUGGUGGUGAAUUUCGAGAAUUUUCUGGAAGACGUUUCUAUAGAGGAAACUGGAAAGAGUCAGGAAAACAUUUUGGGAGGGGAAAAGAAUGAGUACAUGACCUCCCCCUACAGGACUGAGUAUGCUCCAGGGAAGAGUUUUGAGGAGUCCCUGGUUUCCACUGAGAUUCCUCCCAGAAAAUCGCAACACCCGUGUUUGAGAAUGCCGGAAGGGACCUACUCAGAAGCCAAAGAGCAACUUCUCUUUUCUAGUCCGAGUUUAGGGCCAGACUAUUUCGGUGAGGAAGGAGCACCAAAUCCAUAUUUGAAAAAUUCAGUGACAACCAGAGAAUUUCUUGUGUCUGAAAGACUUCCAGAGCACACCAAGAGAAGUCUAAAUGCCACCGUGGCAUGAGACCCUCGGAGCCUCGGUGCAGACGGCCCUUGCCUAGUGAAAAUACCACAACUUGGCACAAAGUGCUUCCAUGUCCCCUCCCCACCGUCUCCCUGACCCCGAGCUGCUGGCUGAGCUUGGCUGGCACAGAUGGGAACUGGUGCUGGGAAGAAGGAGGGGCGAUAAGAAGCCCCAGCGCUUUGUAGAGGGAAAGCAAUUUAUUUCCUUGUGUUCAGAUAGCAGGCUGUCACCAAGGCCUCUUGACAGAUUGACUUUGAAGGACGAGCCCAGGUUCUGAGCCCAAAGGAGUCCUGAGGUGGACAUACCUGGCUCCCCAGAAAUGGGUCGUGGCCACAGCCUUUGCUGGGGCUCCUCACCAGAGUUCCAGGAGGGCCUCUCCCUGUCACCAGAGGAUGGUUGUUUAGUUGGUACUUGGGUGGUUGGGUGGAAGCCUGGGCUCUGGGCUUCCCCUCUGAGGCAGCCCUGAAAUCUUACUCUCCCCACACAGACGGGCUGGAAAUGGAGUGGACCUUCCUAAGGGCGUGCCUGAGGCUUCUCCUAACAAUUAUGGAGUCUCCAGUGUCUGCAGCAACACCGCACCCUGGACUCCUCGCCCCAUUUACAGCACAGUGACUGCCAACACAUCCAGGAAGGAGGGAGGGUCCCAGAGGGGUGCUGGAGACUGGACUCUGCUGGGUGCAGGUCUGCCGGUCUCCAGGCCUCCUCCCAGCCCUCCCACCUUGCCCCUGAGCCUGGGAGUAGAAAGGCAGCAGACAUUGCAGUGCUGUUGUACAGGGACUCUGGCCCCUCACGCUGGCUCAGAGUCCAGGACCAGGAAUGCUUACUGAGCAUACCCUUAAGAGGCCUCUUCCCAGAAGUAGCUGAGCAGGCCUGGGGACAUGCAAUGUUUAGCAACUUUGCUGCCCCAACACACGGAUUUCUGCUCCUUUGCUCCAGCCGAGCAUAGAGCUCGUGACAGUGGAGCCUUUCAAGUACGUGCUGAUUGCACUGGGACCUGGGGUGCAGCUGUCUCUGGGCUCCUACGAUGAUCACAGCCAUGGAGUCAGCGUUGCGGGAGGUCACCGGGAGGUCACUGGGAGCCUGGGGAGAUCAGGGGCAGGCGAGGUAAUAAGUGAGGGGCCCGAGAUGCAAUGACCCAGCAUUUGCCUGCCUGGAAGCCUGAUGCUAUUUUUUCUAGGAGAGUUCAAGAAGUCAGUACUUGUGUCCCAGGCAUGAACUUUCAUAAGCCACCAACUCAGUUGUGCAAAACAUCACUUUACUUUCCUAUAAAUAAAAUUAAUUUCUAGCCCAAACCCCUGACACUUGGAAGUAACCUCAGCCCAGUUUGGAGAUUUGGGGGUUGAUUUACAUUUAUAGCUCAGUCCCAUUUGGGAUUUUGACCUCCCCUGUCCUACCCAGGACUGGUUCUGAGGACAGAGGACCUUGAAUGGAGCAGCAUUUGUGGGGCAGAGUGAGCCACUCAGUGGAGUGGCUCUGGGAUCCUGUGUUCAUCCAGCCAUGGUUUUGUCGCUGGUCUUAUGUAUAUGCCUUGGCCACAGCUGUCCCUGUUGGGUCACCUGCCACUCGCCUCAGCCCACUGCUGCCCACUAACUGUGGGCACAGGAAGGUGUGGCUGCUCUCCUGAAGCUCCCUCCUCAUUACAUCUAAAUGAUGUCCUCGUUAAAUCUCAAGUGGCUGCACCACGCCCAACUCUUCAGCCCUGGUUUACAAGAUAGUGACUGCAGAUUUUUCAAGGAAUGAGGAGGCCUGAGGAAGGGCACUGGGGAACGGACCCAGGUCAGCCCUCCUGUCCCUCUGUCCUGCACCCAAUCCUGGGUGUGGAAAGGGACCAAUCAAAAGCUUCCCUGAUCCCUACUCUGCCACUGCCUCCGGGUGGCUUGGCACUUCUGUGAGGCUGCUGUCCUAGAGUUCCAGAUGGGGCCCUGUCCGCCUUUGGAGUUGUGACCGUAUGGGGAGGUUCUAGCCUCGCCUCCUGUCUUGGCCCAAGGAGCGGGGAGGCACAGGAACCCCCACAACCGUCCUGUCUCCCCUCUGGCCCCCUGCCCACCUCCAGCUGGGGGACCCUUCUCAAGUCCUGUGGGAGAUGGGGGAGAGGAGACAGCCCGGAAUGAGUCCUCCGUGAUUGUCUGUCUCAUACCUGGAUGAGGCUUUAGAACCUAAAGUCCAAGAAUUCCACGGCUGGAGGUGGAGAAAGGUUCCCGAAUGGCUCCCAUGAUUGUGUUGCCCUCUGGCCCCCAUCAUCGAAGCAGAAAUACCUUCUGUGCAUAGCUGGCGAACGCCCCUCGGCCCUUCCUGUGCCAUUUCUCCUCUUCUCUCCCUUCCCUCUUGCCUCUGUCUUCUGCAUCUUUUUCUGCUCAUGUUUUAACUCUUCCUUUUAUUUCUUGUUUCUUUUCAUUCCUUUCUCCCCUGGCCAUUGGCCUUCUUUGAUCAUUUUCCAUAUCUACUUUUGCCAACUUCGAGGGGUGGGAAGAUGGUGCUCUCUGUUCUGUUCUAGGUGGGUCUGAGGUGGUUUCGCAGGAGCCAGGUGAGAGGAGCAGCUCCCAAGAGCCCUGCAGCGCAUGCAGCGGGCCUCACGCCUCACGCCUGGCCCUCCAGAGCAGGCUCAAGGGACACCAGCCUCAGCGCUCUGUCCCCACUCCCAGCCCCCACUCCUGGCGCCCUGGGCUGGCCCUCUGGCUGGGGAAGGCCCUGCGCAUUUUCUGUUUACUGUCAGACACCCUGUGAGAACACAAACAGGAAGGCUUGUGUUUAGCAAGGUCAUUAAAAAUGGAGAAAAUGUCCAUUAAAGAGUUUUCUGGGGCUCUGGGAACCCUGUAAACAGCUAGGUUAGUGGCCUAUUAGUGGCCUUUCUUUUACAGUAAGAGCAGAAAACUUUAAAAGAAUGGCAGAGAAGCCAAUCUGUCGUUUUUGCUUUUUUUUUAAAAAAAAAAGGCUAUCCCUUCCUCCUGGCGUCUUAGGUGGCAGCGUGAAAACAUGGUGGGGGUGGGGGUCGGGGAUGGGACGAGAGAGGCCUCCGGAGUGGAUCCCUGGAGCUCCCUGCUGCUCCCCCGGUGUGUGGCCGUGUGUGCGGGGCAAGGCUGUGCUGGUCCACCCAGACCCCCCAGUCUGAUUCCGGCCCCCCACACCCCCCAGUUCCUGCUGCUGCCGCCUGUGGGCCAAAUGUGGGCUGCAAGCUAAAAGCCAUGUUGACAUUUUUAAAUGGUUGAAAACAAAAUCAAAGGAAGAAUAAUAUUUUGUGAUUUCAGUGUCCACAAAUAAAGCUUAAUUAGAACCCAGCCAUGCCCAUUAUUUAUGUAUCCUCUAUGGGUGCUUGCCCCACGCCCCCACAGGCAGAGCUGAGUAGCUGCAACAGAGACAGUUUGUCCCACAGAGCCUAAAACGUUCACCAUGUGCCCCUUUGCAGAAAAGUUUAUGACCACCUGCUGUAGCCCAUAGAUGGGAAGCUCAGGCCACACUCUGUUUUAACUUGGAAUUUGCUGCUAAUUAAAAAAGAAACAGGGUGUGUCCUUCUGGAUUCCACCUGAAUACGGCCCCCUUUGGAAGAACACACACUCUCUGGCUCCCGGAGCCCCCAUAAUGUUCCAUCCCCUUCCCAUUGUGAAGGUGGAGAGUUGGUGGCUGUUUAUCACUUACACCAGUGGUUUUCAACCACAGUGACUUUGCUUCCCAUUCCACAAGCCGCAGACGUUUUGGCAAAUGCCUAGAGAUAGUUUUGAUUGUCACAACCGGGAAGGUGCUACUGGCAUCUAGUGGGUAAGGCUGGCAAUGCUGCUGUCAUCCUACAGGGCAGCCCUCACAGCAAAGAAUUACCUGCCCGAAAACAUCAGCAGGGCCGAGGCUGAGAAAUCCUGCCCUGAACUAAGCUCUGCCCAACGCGUUUGCACGGGUGAGACUCAGCAUCUGUACAUGGCUCCAGCUGUCUCUCUCUUUUUUUUCUUUUUAAUUUACAAUUUGUUUGGGGCUCAACUGUACAACAACAAUCCCAAAUGCUCUAAAUAUCAAACAUUUAUCUCAUUCUUAACUCGCGAUAUUAUCUCUGUGUACCUAUAUACAUUCUCACCUAAUUCCAAGUCAUCCGUUGAAUACAUUGUGUUCUCCCUUUACUUUCAGUUAUUUCAUAUGUGAAAUUCUUGCACGAACACAGCAUUGUGAAUGGCCACACAGAGCACAGUGUGCCUGCACUGAGUGGUUUGCUAAGGCCUCCCUUAGUGGACAGGAUUGUUUCAAAUGUCCUCCUGUACAUGAAACAUCUUUGUAUAAAAUUUUCUUUUCUCACCUUUGUCCUAUCUCCUUGGGGCUGUUUCCAAAAGUGGAAUUGCUGGGUCAGAGUUUUAUGGUUAUGGUCACAUAUUGCAUGACUGCAUGCAUCCCAAGAGAGGCUAUCUGAUUGAUAACAUCAUCAGAGAUGUCUGAGGGAUCCUUUGUCCUUUUCCACUAAUAAUCAGCUGUUUACUACUAUACACUGGAUUUUGUCAGUUUAUUGGGAAUAGUUAAUAAAACCUUGUAGUUACUUGUGCCGCUUUAAUCCUUAUGAAGCCAAACUUUUGCCCUCUGUAUUUUACGGUCUACAUGUCCCUGUGUUUAUGUUACAGAACCUUCUCCCUCCACAUUCCUAGGGUAUUAGAGACCAGCUGAGCUGCAAGAAAUUAGAGGCACACAGCAGGACUUUAGCACAAUGGGUAGACUUUGUCAUUUGGUUCAUUUUUGUAGAGCAUUUUAAAAAAAAAGAAAUUCCAUACUUAGGCAUUUUUUUGUUUUAUGUAAAUGUUAAUUAUUGACAAGGCCUAUUUGUAAUCAGAGUGUGGCAUGGUCAGUGUCUUGUAUUCUUAUUGUGGGGGUGGGGUCCAGAAGAGUGGAGUGUGACAAAGAAUAUUAGCAGUCUCAUGCCCUCUGCAGCUUUCUCUGGACACUGGGGUCCAUGGCGAGUUUGCUGAGGAGCACAAACAGCCGCAGUCCAUGUUGGAAGAGCCCCGAGAGCACGUUAGCCAUCUGUGCUGAGCUCCGUGCAGGGCUGUCUCGUCCAAGAAGCCCACUCUGUGCUGGUGAGCAGGGCCGGGGAGAGCAAGGGGCACAGCUGCAGGAGAGAGCAAAACCUGCUGUCAGCAGCGGCUCCCUGGGUCGCUCGGGGGAAGCUAGAUGUGUGUAUGCCAAUUUCAUUUUUAGGAAUGGAAGUCUCUUCUCACGAUUCUACGUGUACACGUCACAGUUGCUUUGUUUCAAAUCUUCCUUUAUAGGAAACGACCCAAAGCGUGCAAGAAAACUUCCAGUUGGCCUUUCGAAAUAAAUAACACGUAUUUACUCUGAAGCAAAGCUGAACAUUGUCUCGUUGAGUCAGCAUAUGCUAAGCGAUCUGGGUGUCGAGCCCCUCCCAAGACAUGUUUUAUCAGCCAGCCUUUGUUGUCCUGCAGGAAAAAAUACGAGUUCCAGGAAAAAAUGACAGGCUUGCUGGUUGUUGACUUCCUUCCUGAUGGUAAAAUAACAGCCUCCUAAGCUGACAAUUCCAUGAAGUCUCACGAGUGGGUUCCAGAGAACACUUUCUGCUCUGACCAAAGGGGGAACGCUCUGUCCCAAGGCACUUCUCUUGGACCCGAAGCAGUGUUUUCCAUCCUAUAUCAGAGUCCAUUCUCUUCUCCAGACUCCAGUCUCCUCGCUAUCCCUCUCCCACCAAAAUUUAAAAAAAAAACAGAAACAAAAAACCUCCAAAACAAAAUCUUCUAAAAAGAGCAACCCCCAAAUAGAACAACAAAAUGAACUCCCACCCCGACCCCCGGCUCCUCCUGCCGGAAUAUCAUCCUUCCGGUCCUCCCCGAGCCCUUGCCGGGGAGAGCUCUGAGUGAACCAGCUCAGGACAGUCCUUCUGAGGCCUGUGGCACAGGGGACCCGUUGCAAUGCUGCUUGCAGCACAGUGGAUGUGCAAAGCCCUUAGAUGGGCGUCGUCCCUGUCACAGCACCGUAACUGCUCCGGCUGCGUUGUCUGUCAGAGUCAGGGCUUAGCCAACUUACCUGGUGGGAAGAGGGUCAGGUUCUUUGAGCACCUGGGGUCACUCACGGUGUGUCUGGCCAUCAGAACCAGUGCGUGUGAGUUGGGGUCAGUCCUCAGCGAGGCAGAGCCAUGCUCAGGGUGCGAGGCAGAGCCAUCCUCAGGGUGCGUGAACGCGGAUGGUCACCCCAGCUUCCUCCCCACCGCCCACCAGCCUUGGCUGCCAGCCUCGCCUUGGGAGCAGGUGGAAGUGAGGGCAGCAUGGAGGAAGUGAGAGAGGGUAAAGGAGGGGGCUUUGCACACCCAUGGGAUCAGGACACAGGCCCAGUGACAGACCAGGAAUGCUCUGGCUCAUUGCUCCCUUAUAAGACUCUACAGAACCCUGGCAACAAAACCCUCUUUUCUAGGGCUAUCAUGGCCACCUGCUCGUCCUACCUGCCACAGCUGUGCCUCCUGGCUUGUGACUUUGGUGGCUGGGUGGAGCCCUGGCUGUAGUUAGAGUGACUGGCUGUGUGGGACUGAGGGGUUCAUCAGCAUGUGGGACUUAGAAUGCUAAAACCUAACAGUCUUAGGCCAACCAGGAUGGGGUGACCCUGCAGUGCAGCUCCUGGUCCUGUCCCCUCCUUAGAGUUACACACUUGUGCUAGUGGUAUCUUGAGUGUGAUGAAUUCACUCUGCCCUCGGGGAGCCCCUUCCCUGACUGCGACAGGAGCUGGGGACCUAUGGGUGGCCCUUCCUCCUGCUUCCUUGGCAGGCCUGGUCCCGAGGUCCAACCACCUCCCAUGAGGCUCUGCCCCCCCCACUUCCCAUAAUGCUCUUCGGGACCCAUGACCCCCUCAGUAAACCUGGUCAUGUCAUGGAGACGCAACCCAGGAGACAUCCCUUCCUUUUCUUACAACAGCAACAAGCUGGACAGUGUCCUGCUUCACUGUGUGGCUGAUGUCUGUCGUGACCUGUUUCACUGUUGAGCCAGGCGGUGGGUGUGGGACCCGGACUUCAGAGGUUGCUGUGUCUCGCCUCCUGAGACCGCCCAGGCCCCAUACGCAGGCAGCCCGUCCUCCCAAGGCACUGGUGUCACGAAGAGCCACUGCUCCCAAUGGCCCAGAGCCUGGACAAGCCUCCGCAAAACCUGCUGUGCCCCUCCCUGUCCUUGUUUGGAGGCUCCGGCCAGCCCUUCAGAUUAGCUUGGUCCAAUGUCCCUCGUCCCAUUACGGGCUAGAGAAUAGGGAGGUUUCUGGCCAGUGCUGGCUGGUCUGCCGGGCUCUGGGUUAGGGAAAGUUGGUGGAGACAGGAUCAUGCGUGCUAAAUUCUGGGUCCUGAGAGCCCACCCACAGGCAAAUGCAUUGAAAUUGCCACAUUUCACAUUAAUUGUUAUGUCUUUUGGCCUUUAACAUUUUGGAAGGGUUUUUAUGUUUUAUUCUUGAAAUUAUUUGCCCAUACAUAUCUGUGUGAUUUCUCAGCACCCAUCCUGACUCUCGAGGGAUUCUUGUAAAUUGAAAAAAACAUCCAUUCUAAUCCAUUUGCAAAUUGCUUACAGAUGUAAUAACAUGCUUACGAAUGCUAACAUAAUGAAGCUGGCUAUGUUUUGUUUUAUAAUCACUUAAAUAGUCUUCAGUUUUGCAAUUUUCUUUCCCCAUUUCUUUUUUUUUUGGUCAAUAAUUGUUUUCUUCAAUUGAAGUAUAUUUUUGUAGAGCCCUGAAAUAUUCGCUGGCCUCGGGUCCUGCCCCUCUAGUGCCAGAUGUAUAGAAUAUCUCCGGCUGAGAGGUCUCAGCAGCUCGAGCAGCGGGAGCAGCAGCAGCGGCCAGGCAGCCCAGCUUCGAGAAGGCUCUCAGUGCCUGCAGCCACCCGGCGCACCCUCCCCACAGUUGUCAGCUAAACCUGCUGCUGCAAAACUAGAAAGGAAGCCAAAAAAGGUAGCAGCAAGGGAUAGAUCUUCAGAUAAAAAAGUGCAAUGAAAAGGAGAAAACAGGUGGAAGUGGCUAAUCAAGAAACUAAAGAAGAUUUGCCUGCAGAAAAUGGAGAAACUAAAACAGAGGCGAGUCCUGCCUCCAAUGAAGCAGGAGAGAGAGAAGCCACGUCUGAUUAAUAGUAGACACUGUGUCCUAGCCAUGGUCCCUGUGUACCUCCUUGUACAAUCCAGAGGAAUAUUCUCAUCAACUACUUUGUAAAAGCAAGUUUUUACUAUCAAGCUCUAGAAACAUUUUUAAGGAGGGAAUCCCACCUCAUCCCAUUUUUAAAGUGCAAAUGCUUUUUCUAAGAGGUAAAUCAUUCUCUGGUUGUUUAUUUUUUGGUACAUCCAGAAAAUAGUGUGGAAUGUUGAAUUAUGGGAGGCUUUGACUGUCUUGGGUGUCAGCUUAACAUUCCAUGGAUGGGGGGUAGUUUUUAUAUCCUUAUAAUACAAAGCAUACUAAAUGGCACCGUGGAGUUCCAGGCCUGCAUUUAAUGUCUUGAGUGUUUAAAAUUACUUCUGUUCCCAUGUUUUUUAGUAGAAUUGUUUCCUAAAAACACUGCCCCUUGGUCAUGGCUGUCCUGUCAGAAUCGCGAGCACUCUGUAACACCUGUGGUCGUGGUAGUCCCGUGUUGCUGAUAACUUUGUUGAUGUGCUGGGAAAGACUGCAAAUUUGAGUGUGUAGUACAUGUGAUAAUAAAUUGAAUUCGUGGGACUUAUGUGACAGCUUAUCAGCGUUUGAAGAUACUGGCACUUGAUAUCCUCCUCUUAAGGAAAAUUUGCCUCCAAAUUUUAAGCUGAAAAGUCACUGGAAUAACAGUUUAAAAAAGAAUUACAAUAAAUGGCUUUUUAGAUUUGGGGUAUGUACAUUAAGAAUUGUGUACAAAUUGAAAUGUCUGUACUGAUCCUUAACCAAUAAAAUCUCAAUUACAGGCCGGGCGUGGUGGCUCACGCCUGUAAUC